AUGUCAGGCAGACAUCAAGCACCCUACGCGCGAUACAAUCAAUCGAAUCAGCCCAUCAAUUCCGUCAAGCACAACCUCAACAUACCUUUCAAUCCUCAAAAUAAUGCUCAGGGAAUUGGUCACUCAUCAGCCUCAUCGGCCUCUUACAACAAUGCAUCUUCAAUGGCCUCACCUUAUUCCAGCUCAUCCUCACCUGGCCAUCCCUCCCCUAACAUGGCCAAACAUGUCACCCACAAUACACAACUUAAGAAAUAUACUUUAAAACCACCCCCACGAUUACAACCGUUAUCAAAAACAAUGACCCAACUAGGUUAUCCCGGAAUAUUUCCCCAACGCUCGUCUCAAGACGAGGAUGUUUUGACAGAAUCCAACAUGCGAAAUGGUUUUAAUGAUCGUCCCAUAGUCUCUAACGAACACACCUGUGCACAUGAUAUUGUGUACGGUAAACUUCAAGACGACCAACGUUUAAUGAAUGAGCUUGGAAGCUUUAUGGUUGAUGUACUUAAAAGGAAACGAAAAGCAGCCAAGGUGACAGGAAAUACUUCCUUUAAGCCCCCAUUGCGAUCCACUCUGGGGGACAAUAAAAAAGACCAAUGGAUGCAAGAUCUAGCGGGCGGAACUGUACCUUUGCGCAAACUAGCUCGCAACGUCCCGCAUGGAUUCAAAGGAGAAAAGCUAUUAGAGACAUUAGCUUUAAGACAGGUGCCAUUCUUGCGAGCGUCCUGGUAUAUUAAGAUUGUCGGUCUCUCUGAAAUGACCCAGCGUAAUGCAAAUAACACAAACCCACCGGUUUCCCAAGCCAACCAGUGGACUAUUAUUGUUAUUAGCCAUUUGAAGAAGCAAUUGGGUGAACUUACGGCAACAAAUACAGCGUCUCAUCACAAUAAUACAAACUCGCGUGGUCAUAAAGGACACAACAAUACAUCAAACCAUUAUGACGGCUCAACAAAGCCCUGGGCAUCACCCGAAAACCGUGCACGAUUUGAACAGCGCUGGUUGUACAGUACACGAUUAACAAGAUGGCAAUAUUGCGAAGGUUUAUUAGAUCAACGAACUUUCUUGAGAUCCUCUCUUGACACAUUACUCGCCAGUGGAUCAUUUGAAGUGAUGUGGCUUAUAUUGACUGGUCUAGUACAGGACUAUGUAGACGAGUAUAGACGGAACAGAACGUUAAUGAAGCUACUUAUUGAGACGCUGAUAAAAACCUACAAUGCACUCCUGAGCCACACAGCUCAGAUACACGGAGACAAAUCGUACUGGAUCUACUGUGGACUUCAAAAAGAAAUCAAGCAAAUGUUGCAGUCUUUGUUUCUAUCUACACCAGAUGUAUUUGUUAUUCCAAAGUUGUAUCAUCAAUAUAGAGAUGUAUUUGAUGCUAUCUUAGGAGAAGAUAAUAGUGAGAGUGCUCUCCAAACUAUACCUGAUGUUUGUAAUACAAUGAAAAAAUAUUGGAAUAUUGUGAAAGCACGAAACGAAGUAUUCUGUGGAACUGCCGAAGAAAAUAAGAUAAAGCAAGAUGGAAACUCACGAGAAGAUAAAAAGACGACAGCUCAAAAUCUGACGGAAGAAGUGCGGGAUGGAGAACAUGUUGUACAUGUAUUGGACAACAUUGGAAGACACGUUGGCAGUCAUUCAGGGCUUCUGAUCGACCAAAAUGGGUGGAUGUCAGUAAAUGGGAAAACUGCAAAAUCGGCUGCAAAAGCAAUAUUUGGAACCGGUGAUGUUGACCAGCAAGCAUUUGUUCAUAUUAUCAAAACAAUGUGUCAGUGGGCAACAAGUGAUGCUCGAUACGGAGACUGGCGUCCUUAUUUAAUUGCGUCUAUUUUAUUACAUUGGAGAGACUCUUCAAAAACAACCGAACGCAAGACGAUGCUCCAAGAUUCAUUCAUACGAUUUUUAGACGAAGAAUCACUUUCAGACGAAACAGAGAUCCAGAAUAGUGACGAAAUUAACGCAAAUAACGAUCCCACCUUUGAGAGUAGUACUUUAAUCAGACUCCAGCUAUUCUCAUACCAAAAAUACUUGCUGCGUCUUAUUGCUCGCGGAGAGCUUGAGCCCAGUCAACGCCACAAACGAUCUAUACGACAGAGCCUACAUUACCUUGCCUCUUUCCCUCUUCUUACACCUCCACCAGCUGGUCUUGUUCACCAGAGAAGGGUUGCAAUAUAUGGCGUACGAAAUGUUAAUGGCGAUUACCAGGAGAAAGAGGAUUUGAGCCAUAUGAAGCGUUUGGCCAAGUUGUCCAUGACAGGAAACAUGGAAAAUGAGUCCUUUCUUUUUGGAGAAAACUCUCGGGAGAUGACCAGUCCCGAGCCAAGCGACAGUAUCGCCUCAUUUGAUAUUACCCUUUUGGAUAAAUAUAUUCAAGAAAUAGCACAAACAAUGCAAAACUCAACACGAUACGUCGUUCAAUUAUUUUGCGAUUGGAUGGUAGAUCAAGUUAUGCGCUUUGUAGUAAAAAGUGUACAAAUCGGCGAAGACAACUGGAGAGUAAUGACUACUCCAGGAUCAUGCCUUUUAAAUACAAGACAGUAUAUAACAAUCAUCAAAAUCCUUGAACACGCAAAGGACUACACCAACAUCGUCCAGAUUGCGCUAUGGGUGCUCAAAAAGACAAAUGAGCGCGCAUUGUACCUAUAUAUUAUAGACUCCCUUCGUAAAUAUGCCAGCAUAUGGAAACUCACGAAUUAUAGUAACCAAGUAGCAGAGGCACUGUGGGAAAAGCAUCAAGAUCUUCAAGCUCGUGGCAUUCGCGAACGCUGCAUUAUGAUGUAUAUUGUCCAACUUGUACAGGAAGGAUAUCGGAUAUCAGAUGAAAGGCGUGCACAAUUGCAACAUGAUCUACAAGCCAAGCCAAAGUUUAUGUCACGGCAUCGUAGUAAUCCAUUACCGAUCACUGCAGAACUUGGACAAAUUAUCCAAGAUCACUCACCUUCAAAUAUUCAGAGUGUCACAGACUCUCUGUGUGUACGCUACCAAGGUACAGCAGGCUGGAUUGGUAUCAUUCUUCAAGGUAUCGUCGAGGUCAUGAGUCCAGUUGGAGCAGUACGACGGAUAGAGUUGGCGACAUCAAAAGUACCAGCGAAAGAGACACAAGACUCUUUUGCACGCUCUUUUGAGUUUUACCAAAUUGUUUCUGCAUUUGCCAGUCUUAUGGAAGAAAUAUCCAAUCAAGCUACAAUUACUGGAGAACUUGAUGAAGCCAUUGCUGGCUGGCUUUCUCGACAAUGCAGCCCGACAACUAUGAAUGGAACGAUUCUAAUUGAUGAGAUGAAUCAGGAAUACUCAUGGGUUCCUUUAUUUAUUACCCUUCUUGUUGUACAUGGUUGCGUGAGUCUAGAAAUUGUUCUCAAAGAUUUCGCUAUUCCGUGGUUCAGACACAUCAGUCAAGAAACACAACAGGCAAAUGGCACAGAUGCAGCUGAACAUAGAGUGCUACAAUUUAGCAAAAAUCUUGUUGCACUUGUCCGACUCUUGGUUGUACGGGAACAAUGCAAACCUAACUUUGAAGAUGCUAUCAAUACCUCACAACCUUGGAUAUUGCGGAUUGAGGAUAUAUUUCGGUUAGAGACAUCGCGACAAACCUACCUUACAAGUGGACUGGACAAAAUAGAACCACUUUUUGGUCUAAUGGAAUAUCUUGUCAUUAUCGGUGCCAACUUACCAUUGAGUAGCACACUUUUACGAGAGCUGGUCAUGUUAAGGGCAGAUAUGUUAAAGGUAGAGCGCUUCAGACAAGCUUGCAUUCGUGAUCUGGAUGGUGUCUAUCAGCGGUUUGCGACACAAGACGUCGGGGGCGCAAACGAAAGAAAAACGAAAAAGAAGAUGCUUUCCAUUGUGGAUGAGCUAAUUGGUGGAAACCCAUGCUUUGAACGGCAAGGAAUGGCACACGAUUUGGCUCCUAGCUUUGUUGAGAAACUUAGUCACAUAUUUAUGAAUGUGAGCCAGUGGAAUGAAGAACUGUGUCGUGUUCAAGUCAAUCUUUUACUGGACAAUAUUCUACUCUCUGAUGGUAGUUCCUCUAACCCCAACAAUCCUCAUAUUCUCGGAGACGAUAGUACUACAAACUUAGCUACCACGCCUGGUAUGGAUUCUAUUUUACGUAGUACACCGACAAGUACAAACGAAGAACUUGUUUUGUUUGUCGACUUCUCCUUCAACAUGGCACUCUCAGACGAUAGUAACGACAAAAAGUCACAGAAAAGUCAACGACGUUUUACUUUUCUUAAAAACAUGUUGAAUGGAAUACGCGAGCCAGUCCUCUCGGAACUCCUAUCCCAUGGUGUUCGUCUGCUAGAAGGUUGUGGAGCAACUACAUUUCCGGAAAAUGUACUGCUUCUGACAACAGAAGGUUGUAUUCCGACCAGUUUUGAGUCUGCAAAAUUCUCUCGUCGUAGCCAUGCCUUUUUAAAUAUCAUGCAACACAUGAUUGCUGAAGAUGUGUGGACUUCCUCAAAAAAAAUCGAGCUUUUGAAAACCCUUCACGUACAAAUCAAACGGUAUAAGGAUGGUGCAGACGUUUAUAAAGUUAUGGAAGGAGCACAGGUGUCAUACAAUAACGCUAUUCGAGCUAUGAGCCUUGUAAAGAAUAAUGUGGAUAUGGCAAUUGCUCUAUUAAUGAACGAUGGGAUCCCAGGAAAUUCUCGGGAUACCCAAGGGAUAGAUGUAAUGCUACAAGAUAUACGGACAAGCUUGCUUGUUCGUCUGAAGCUCGUUGUUCCAUUUGCUGCUUUGAUUUGGGAACACCCCAAGGCAGAAGAGUGUGAUAUUUUAGAAUGGGUUAAAGUCUUGGUUUCUUUGCUGGGGAACCCACUUGUUCAUGGCAACGGUAGUCAAGAAAAGUUCUUUGAAUUUGUCCUUGAUUUAGUCUCUCUGUUAAUCGAUGAGGUCCCAAGAGAGUUACGAAAACCGAACCUUUUACACCUUUCGUCCAUGAACGGGGAGCUUGCAUUUCUUCCAUCCAUGUUCCUCAGCCGAGUUAAACGCAUCUUACCAUUCUUGACACAUAAUAUAUAUAUCACCAGCACACGCCUAGCAUCUUCAUUACUUGGAUCGCAAUCAUCAAAUAUCACGCCACAACAACAACAACAACACUUGGAGAACUGCAUGGAGCACUCAAAGCCAUGGGAAUGGCUUGAAGACUAUGUAAGUGAUCCGCCAGCUGAAAAUGACGCUCCGAUAAAUAUCAGUCUGUUCGAUGCACGGAAAGUAAAAAAAGCAGAAGGCACCUAUGCCAAAUGGUACAAAUCUGGAUUCAGCGACAAAUUGGCAAGCGAAGACGAUCAUGACGAACCACUACGGGUUUCUUUGAUUGGAAAGAGCAGAAAACGAUCUGUUGAUACCAUGGAAGACAAUGGCUUCAUCUUCAUCGUAGACGAUGAUGAGGAUGUUAAUUCAACUACUACGCCUAAACGAAGGCUAAUAGACAUGGAAGAGGGCGAGCUGCCAUAGCCCUAUUUACAUAUGACGUCUUGAUUUGAGCGAUUUUUUUGAUGUUUAAAAAGAGAAAGUGUAUAGUUCAAAAUUUGAAGGGAAAGAGGAGGAGACACAAAUGAGCUAAAGUCAGUUCUAUAGCUUUAAUUCCUUUAAUUCCCAGUAUUCAUAAGAAAUUAUGUUAUGUAUAUUGUUUGGUACAUUUUAAAAGUGUAUACACAGAAUGUAUCCUGAUACCAAAACAAAAGAGAUGGUUGUUUCUCGAUACUUAAUUUUCAAUUUUAUUAUUUUUUUUUGGUGUUGUUUUUGAUGCUGAAUAGCUUGAGCAUUUCGAUUACAUAAAUUCGCUUUGAUUUUUUCUAUUGUGGAUAAGAAUAAAUGUGCUUGAUUAAUAAGAUUCAAAUAUUUUAAAAUCGAGUUAAAUUCUAAUAAAUUACUGCUUGAAUAUAAUGUU